GGACAUAAGCAGCAUGGAGGGCUUCACCUUCGACACGCGGGCAGAGGAUCUGCGACACGUGUGGAUCCCUCUGACCUUCAAGAUGUCCAUCAGCAAGAGUCAAGGCCUGGAGAUCAGCAGCUGGCCUGAAGGAGAGGAGCUAAGUGCCGCUGAAGAGGAGGAGGGCGCCUCCAUCUACGACCUGGUGGUCACGGUGCCUCACAUCCUGGACGCUCGCACGGGGGGGAACUUGGUCGCACACAUAAAAGUGGGAGAGACCUACCAUCAGAGAAAAGAGGGAGUCACUCACCAGCAGUGGUACCUCUUCAAUGACUUCUUAAUCGAGCCCAUUGACAAGACCGAAGCUGCUCAGUUCGACGUGAGCUGGAAAGUGCCGGGGCUCCUGUAUUACGCCAGGAGGAACUACCACACCAAAUACGACCUCCGCAUUAAAAACCCCAUCGAUGCCAGCGUGCUGCUCACCGAGGCCUCGCUGGCCCGGAAGCAGAGGAAGAGCCACGCCACCUUCAUCCCCCUCAUGGUCAGCGAGAUGCCGCAGGCCGGGGACCUGAUGGGGCUGGACGCUGAGUUCGUCACGCUCAACCAGGAGGAGGCGGAGCUGCGCAGUGACGGCACGAAGUCGACCAUCAAACCCAGUCAGAUGUCUGUCGCCAGGAUCACGUGUGUGCGGGGUCAGGGGGCCAACGAGGGCGUGCCCUUCAUCGACGACUACAUCUCCACUCAGGAGCAGGUGGUCGACUACCUGACACAAUAUUCUGGCAUCAAACCCGGAGACCUGGAUGCAAAGAUUUCCUCGAAGCAUUUGACGACGCUGAAGUCGACGUACUUGAAGCUGCGCUUCCUCAUCGACACGGGGGUUCGCUUUGUGGGUCACGGCCUGCAGAAGGACUUCCGGGUUAUUAAUCUACUGGUUUUGAAAGACCAAGUCGUCGACACCGUCUACUUGUUUCAUUUACCUCGUAAAAGGAUGAUCUCUCUGAGGUUCCUCGCCUGGUACUUUCUAGAGAAUCCUCACCGCCUGCAGGUCAUUGGGUAG